CAACGAUCCAAACGCGGCUGCUGGACGUGUCGGCUGCGGCGCAAAAAGUGCUUCGAGGAUGGACCGCCUUGCCUCAAUUGCGUAGAGCGGGACGUCUUCUGUCACGGCUACGGCCCCAAGCCCGACUGGAAGGACAAAGGCGUCAAGGAGAAGCGCGAGGCUGCCAGACUAGCUCUCUCCUCGCGCCGGCAGUCUCGACAAAUUAGCAGCCGCUACUCUACCGCUGCUACUGACACUGAUCAGCCGCACCAGAGCCACCCCUCUAUGGAUCUCGACACCGUGUUCGAUUUCUCGAACUUGCUGUCUUCGCACUCCGGAACACCUUUCGUGCCAAGCGCUUUGCACGAUUCGUCGCACCAAGCCUCGUUGUCCGGCCCGUCCGCCCGCAUACAAAACCAUGAUCCUGUCGGUAUACACGGCGUCCAGGCCGACCUGGCGAACUUGAUUGUCUCACGCGGCCCUGCUCUUCCAGAUGAGCAUCAGCAAGAGACUCUGAGCCGUGAAUACGACCUCGUCAUGCGUUUCCUCGACUACUACAGUCCUAAACUGGGCACCCGAGACUCAAGCAGAGGUUGGCUAUUACAUCUCCUAGGUCGCUCCCGCGCCUUUCUGCAAUGCUCCCUCAGCAUGGCUGCACUACGAGAGUCUUCCCAAUUCGUCUCGGGUAGCGAGCCCUUUCGAAGCACACUACAAGUCGCUCAUAAGCACCACGCAUAUGCCAUACAGAUUUUUGCAGAGCUGCAGGCAGGCUCAAUCGCUGUCCUUGGCGAGGAUCUCAUUGUGGCGACGCACCUGGCUCAUCUCGAGUCCCAAUUUCAGUGUUUGCCCGACUGUCAAUCGUACCUGGACCUUGCCGCGUCGAGCUUGAAUAACACAUCAGAUCAUCAAGAGCAGGCAGUGCCAUGUCCUUCUCAUCUGCAGCACAAAACUUCUGCAUCUGCUUAUUUUCGGGCUCCCGAGCCCACUGCAGAUGGCAUCGACCAUACAUAUUUGGAGACCCAGGCAGCAUACUGUUUCUGUUCGCUGCUCAUCUGGAACGAUGCGAUCUCCUGCUCGAUCCAGCGCAAGGCGGCUCCGGCAGCCGCUACCUACCAGAAACUUCUCUCUUUUGUGGACUUCUCGGCCGUGUUCUUCGCCACCACCAUGUGUGAUGGGAAAGCGCUCAGUAUUCUUCUCGAUAUCAUGGCCCUGGACGAAUGGAAGCGAGAGCGGCAGACGCGUAGCGAGCUCAGCUAUCGGAACCUACUUGACAAAGCCAAUGAUAUAGAAUGCAGCAUUGAGAAAGCAAUGCAAGGCUUGUCUGUGAGACUAUCAUCGCCUCUUACGUCACCUGGUGUAGAAACUCUAGCUGCUCUAUCUUCGAAGAGCUCGCGCACCGCACACGUGAGGACCUACAUCUUCCUCAGGGCAAUUUUGAUCGAACUCCAUCUCACCGUCUCCGGAGGAUCUAUACGCGCACCCGAAGUGCAAGAAAGCGUCGAUCGCUUCAUCGCUGCAUGGGAAAUGCACAAAAGCAUAAUGGAGUCGCAGAGUUUACCCUGGCCAUUCUGCGUUGCUGGCGCUGUAGCGAUAGGCGCACAGCGAGAAUUCUUUAAGGCCGCAAUGGCAGCCUCUAAGCUGCCGGCAAUGCAGGAUCUCAAAAGAUUGCUGACCUUAUCCUGGCAUGAAGUAGACAGACCAUCAUCGUCAGGCUCUCCUGUAGAGUGGCGAAGCUGGAAAGAAUUACUCCCGAGCACAAACAUCAUACUACUAUUC